UUACUUUUACAGCAUUUCUCGCAUUCAUCUUGUCUAGGUGUUCACUUUUAACCUGCUGUAAUUUUAAAUCUUCAUUUAUUCGAGUGUUAAAUUGCAUCUCCGACGUUUUUUGCACGUUUACCGACACGCCCUCGACGAAAAAAAACCGAAGCUAGCUUGUGAUUGGUGGUUGCUCGUGUUCUAACAAAACCGGAAAAUAAGAAAUUAGUAGCGAUAAACUGGUGGGAGGAGCAGAGAAUAACUUUGCAAAGAAUUCCUUUUACAAUCCACCAUCACGCCAUUUCCGAUCAACGUCCACGUUUGGAAUAGUUUGGUUAAAAAUCCAGGUUGGAAAAUGGCCUACGCGGGAUACGGUGCAGCUCCGGGAGGCAUGCCGCCACAGCAGCAGGAUCCUCUCUAUGGCUACUUUGCAGCAGUUGCCGGGCAAGAUGGGCAAAUCUCUGCAGACGAGCUACAACGAUGCCUCACUCAGUCUGGCAUCUCUGGCACUUACCAACCCUUCAACAUGGACACCUGCAGACUGAUGAUCAACAUGCUGGACCGAGACAUGUCUGGCACCAUGGGCUUCACCGAGUUUAAAGACCUGUGGCAAGCCUUGAAUGCCUGGAAGAACCUUUUCAUGUCCUUUGACCGCGAUCGGAGUGGGACGGUUGAAGGUCAGGAGAUGCAACAGGCUAUCAGAUCUCUGGGUUACAACCUGAGUCCUAACGGAAUGAACAUGGUCAUGAAGCGCUACGGCGUCAAUGGAAGAAUCCCUUUCGAUGAUUUUGUGUGCUGUUGUGUUCGACUUCGCGCCUUAACCGAUCAAUUCCGACGCCGUGACACGUCACAAAAUGGCAGCGCCACCUUCCAGUAUGACGACUUCAUCCAAGUGACCAUGAGCAUCUGAUCUUCAGACGACGGCGGACUUCAUGAACUGGAAGGAGAAAAAAAAUAUUUUGGUAUUUAUUAGAGCUGCCAAAAUUAUGAUUUUUGCGACGGGUCGACAAAUCGGCUUAUGUGCUUAAUACGAGAAUUUGGACAAUUUUUCGUCAACAAUGUCUCAAAAGAGUUGCCAAUUAAGUUCUUAUUGACGGUGAUAGACAUCCAAUCAUGUGGCUUUUAAAAACUAAAUUGAAACUCUUUAAGUGAGUUCGUCACAAGUCGACAUCCAAUCCAUUUGAAGUGGGAGGGUUGACAGUGAAUGGACGAAUGAAUGCUAACCCUCCCAACCGAAGAGUUAAUAAUUAGAAGUCGACCGAUAUGGGAUUUGCAAAGGCCGAUGAUGAUACAGAUUUUUCGAAAAAAAAAGUUCAUCCAAAUUUGGAAGCCGAUAAUUGAGACCGAUAUUUUCUUUUAAAGCACGAUCAUGGAGAGCAAUUGAAAUACUCAUGAUAUAAAUGUAUCGGCCCAUUAAUUUUGUAACAAUGGCAACUAGGUGGGCAAAACCUUUAUUAAAAAAGAUCACCUAAAUAGUAAACCUAAAGGUUUUGUAUUAAAGUGGCUGAUAUCUGUCGAUCUUGAAAAAAGUACUUGUAUCGGCCAGCUGAUAAAUCGGUCGACCUUUCGUAAUAAUCGAUGAGUCGAUAAACUGGCAGCCCUAAUAUAUAUAUACAUAUAUAUAACACUAAAGUAGUGCAUGAAAAGGGACUAAUAGUUCUAGUUUGUAACACAAUGUUCAGAUUAGAUAAACAAUUUUAAAAUUUAUGUGUUUUAUCAAAAUUGUACAGUGCCCCCUGGUGCCAGGGUAGGAAAAAAAUUCAUAGCUAAUCUGAGGGUACAGUUUAGUAACUUGUACCUACAGUUUAGUCAUCUACACCAGGGGGUUUCAACCCAGUCCUCAAGGCACACUGUGGGUCCUGGUUUUUGUUCCAGCCGAUCCAGCAGAGACAGUUGAACCAAUGAGGCUUCUGCUAAAACAAGCCACACCUGACUGCAAUCAACUGAUUGCACUUGUAAAACACCAGAUUGGGGAAAAAGUGUUGUCAUCUUGUUUGGUAAGAAUGAAAUCCUGCACCCACAGUGUGCCUUAGUGGAAUAGGUUGGGAACCCCUGAUCUACACCCACAGAUUACUAAACUGUACCCACAGUUUAGCAAUCUAUACUCGCAGAUUGAUACAGAUGACUAAACUGUGGGUACAAAUGACUAAAUUUUAGUCAUCUGCACCUACAGUUUAGUCUGUGGGAACCUGUGGGAAUCUGGGAACUGUUUAGUAAUCUGUGGGAACAGUUCAGUAAUCUGCAUCGACAAUUUAGUCAUCUGUACUCACGGAUAACUAAACUGUACCCACAGUUUAGUCAUCUGUACCCACAGUUUAGUAAUAUACACCCACGAAUUAAUAAACUGUACCCACAGUUUAGUAAUCUGUGUGUACAGUUUAGUAAUCUGUACCCACAGUUUAGUAAUAUACAGCCACAGAUUACUAAACUGUACCCACAGUUAGUAAUCCGUACCCACAGUUUAGUAAAUUACAGCCACGGAUAACUAAACUGUACCCACAGUUUAGUAAUCCAUACCCACAGAUUACAAAACUGUGUGUACAGUUUAGUAAUCUGUAGAGUAGUAAACUAUGGGUACAUAUUACUCAACUGUGGGUACAGUUUAGUUAUCCGUGAGUACAGAUGACUAAACCGUGGGUACAGAUUACUAUAUGUUAGUAAUCUGUACCCACAGUUUAGUCUGUGGGAACGUGGGAAUCUGGGAACAGUUUAGUAAUCUGCACCGACUGUACCCCCAGUUCAAUCAUCUGUGGGUACAGUUUAGAAAUCUGUACCCACAGUUUAGUAAUAUACACCCACAAAUUAAUAAACUGUACCCACAGUUUAGUAAUCUGUGUGUACAGUUUAGUAAUCUGUACCCACAGGUUAGUAAUAUACAGCCACAGAUUACUAAAUUGUAUCCACAGUUUAGUAAUUCAUACCCACAGAUUAUGAAACUGUUGGUACAGUUUAGUAAUCCGUGGGUACACGGUAGUAAACUAUGGGCAAAUAUUACUCAACUAUGUGUACAGUUAGUUAAUCUGUAGAGUAGUAAACUAUGGGUUCAGUUUAGUUAUCCGUGAGUACAGAUGACUAAACUGUGGGUACAGAUUACUAAAUGUUAGUAAUCUGCACCCACAGUUUAGUCUGUGGGAAUCUGGGAACAGUUUAGUAAUCUGUGGGUACAGUUAGCAAUCUACAAUUUAGUCAUCUGUGGAUACAGUUUAGUAAUCUGUACCCACAGUUUAGUCAUCUGUGGGUAGUCUAGUAAUCCGUGGGUACAGAGUAGUAAACUGUUGGUACAGUUGACUAAACUGUGGGUACAAAUUACUAUAUUGUAGCCUCAUAUUACUAAAUUGUGGGUAACCACAUAUUACUAAAUUGUGGGUAAAGAUGACGAAAGUGGGUACAGAUUAGCUAUGGAAAAUAUUUUUUUUCUACACUGGCACCUGGGCGGCUCUGUAAAAUUGUACUAACAACCCACAAUAAUAAAGAUA